AUGGCAGCUAUCGGUGAUGAGAGGACGGAGCUGGAUGAUGCUACCUUCAACAUGAACAGAGGUCCCCGGCCGCGGAGACAUGACGAUGACGAUGAAGGUACAGCAAGUGCUUCUAUUGCCCGACGUUCAAAAGCGCAGGGUGACGUCGAGGAGGAGAAAGAGCUCCCUCCACAUGCAUGUGCCUACUGCGGCAUUCACAACGCGAGCAGUGUCGUCAAGUGCCUGUCCUGUAGCAAGUGGUUUUGUAGCGCUCGUGGAAAUACCUCUUCAUCUCAUAUCGAAGUUCAGCUGCACCCGGCCUCGUCCUUGGGAGACACCAUCCUCGAAUGCUACAACUGCGGUACCAAGAAUUCUGAUACGGUCGUCGUGCUCCUCUGUCGUCAACCCUGCGCCGCCAUGCCGUCUUCGAAAGACAUGAACUGGGAUACUUCGCGUUGGCAGCCGUUGAUCGAAGACCGCUCGUUCUUGCCGUGGCUCGUCGCCCAACCAUCGGAUCAGGAGCAGCUUCGGGCUCGCCACCUCAGCCCACAGUUGAUUGCGAAGCUGGAGGAAAUGUGGAAGGAGAACUCCCAGGCAACCUUUUCGGAUCUCGAGAAAGCCACCGCAGUGGAUGACGAACCCGCCCCCGUCCUCUUGCGUUACGACGAUGCCUACCAAUAUCAAAAUAUCUUUGGACCCCUGCUGAAAGAAUCGCAGUCGCAGGAUGGACUUAUUCACUUGGCUAGCUUCAUACUCCCGAAACUGGAACUGGGUGACGUGAAACUGGCUGUUGGUGAUGAAAUGCGCCUCAAAUACACUGGUGAAUUGCGACCGAAAUGGGAGGGAGUGGGAUACGUUAUCAAGAUCCCCAACAAUCAGUCUGACGAGGUUACGAUCGAGUUACGCGCCAAGGGCGAUCACAAGUCAGUGCCGACCGAGUGCACACACAACUUCACCGCCGACUACGUUUGGAAGUCGACCUCGUUCGAUCGCAUGCAACUUGCGAUGAAGACAUUCGCCGUUGACGAGAUGAGCGUCUCGGGUUAUAUCUUCCAUCGCCUCCUUGGACACGAGAGGCCGAUGAGCUUGAUCCAAGGCCCUCCCGGUACGGGCAAAACAGUGACCUCCGCCACUAUUAUCUACCAUCUUGCCAAACUCAACGGCGGUCAGGUCCUAUCCCGUGAGGACGUGGAAUCUCCCGUCGGUUUCUUGUCUCUUCAUGAACAAUUGAACCAGCUUAAGUCCGAACUUGGCGAAUUGUCCAGUCAGGAUGAAAAGAGACUGAAACAGCUUACUCGGUCCGCCGAGCGCGAAAUCUUGAACAACGCGGAUGUGAUUUGCUGCACUUGCCUCAAAUUCCGUACUGUCUUGAUCGAUGAGUCGACCCAGUCCGCCGAGCCUGAGUGUAUGAUCCCGUUGGUCUUAGGCUGCAAACAGGUUGUUUUGGUUGGUGACCAUCAACAGCUGGGGCCCGUCAUCAUGAACAAGAAAGCCGCCAAGGCCGGUCUUAACCAGUCACUUUUCGAGCGGCUGUACCGUAUGCACCCUUGUCUGUCAGAGUUCCCGUCGAACAUGUUCUACGAAGGUUCGCUGCAGAACGGAGUUACAUCUAUCGACCGUCUCCGCCGUGAUGUCGAUUUCCCCUGGCCCAUCGGUGACAACCCCAUGAUGUUCUGGUCCAACCUGGGUAACGAAGAAAUCUCUGCGUCAGGGACGUCCUAUCUCAAUCGCACGGAGGCGACGAACGUGGAGAAGAUCGUCACUCGGUUCUUCAAGGCUGGCGUCCAACCAGGUUCCAUCGGUAUCAUUACACCCUACGAGGGUCAGCGCAGCUACAUCGUGAGCUCCAUGCAGGCCAACGGAACUUUCAAGAAAGAGCACUACAAGGAAAUUGAAGUUGCCUCGGUCGAUGCCUUCCAGGGUCGUGAGAAGGACUUUAUCAUUCUCUCUUGCGUUCGUUCCAACGACCACCAGGGCAUCGGUUUCUUGAGCGACCCCCGCCGUCUGAACGUCGCGCUUACCCGUGCCAAGUAUGGACUGGCCAUUCUCGGAAACCCCAAGGUUCUGUCCAAGCAUCCUCUGUGGAACUGUCUCCUGCAGCAUUUCAAGGAGAGACACUGUCUGGUUGAGGGCCCUCUUUCCAAUCUCCAGGAAUCUCUGAUCCAGUUCAGUCGCCCCAAGCAAGCCUACAGAGGACCCCAGCGGUUCCAGAUGGCAUACAAUCACGCCUCCAACGUCACCAACGGAAUGAUGAACGGAAGAAACGGCAACCGUAACGAAUACAAUGAUUCUGGCUCGGUGGUUGGUUAUAUUCCCGAUGAUGUGUCGUCCGUCCACUCUUCCGCACUAGGAGGAGUCGGUAUUCCUUCUGGAUACCCGCCUAUGUUCCAAAACUUUGGCGACUCGUGGCCUACUCUUCCUGGUGGACGACGGGCUAACGGCAACCGAGGCAAGGGAACACCGAGCAUCGCUGGCGAGUCUGUCGCGGCCACUGAGUCUGACGUGACUGGAAGCAUUGUCGAUGGAAAGAGCGUUGACCAGGGUGGUGUCAGUCUCGCCGGGCUGAGCAUCAACGACAUGAGCAAACAGCCCAGUCUCAGCCAGUCCGAUCGACUGAAGCGCUACGUUGAAUCCGGCGGACGGGAGCCGUAUAAGCCCGGGGUUCCUGAUAACGGAAGCAUCUUUGGGGGCAGCUCUGCCAGCAUCCGUGUCACCCGUGGGGUUCCCGGUCAAAUUCACGAUGACGACGAUACGCGCAGCGUUUCCACUGCUUUUGCCAGUCAGAUCGGAGGCAACUAUGACUGA